UUUAGACUUUAAAGCCGUCAACACCAGAAAGUAUAUCCAUUCGCACCAUGGCAACAACGUUCAUACUACUAGGUACCUAGUACCAGGCUAGUAUCUACCCAGACAGGUACGCGAUUGCCUACUAGUGUUGCUAGGGCAACUGCGUGCUUGCCUUGUACAAUAUCGCUACAGUAUAAAUACCAGAUCACGUAUAAUAUUCACACUUUGAUACCCAUAUCUUCACCAUUUUUCAUUACCAACAUUGUAGAGCACGCCUAUAAGAACACCCAAAGAAAGAAGAAAGCUGGAAUUAGAGAAAAAUGGAGCAAUCAACGAAGACAACUUCUCAUUUCGCUUUCAUGCGUCUACCGCCGGAACUACGAUACACCAUUUGCGAGCUUAUCUACAACACUCACCUAGGGAGUCUUGUCAAUCUAGCAAGUUGCAGCAAACAUUCAUAUACAAUCUCUACGCCACUUCUAUACCAUACCUUCAAGGUCUGCAUGGCCAACCCAGCCCAACUAGUCCAAGUCGUGGAACAUUAUGCCAAUAGACUAGGCCGUGACAAUGCUUUCGGAAGGGUCCGGCGUCUAGAGAUCUCCGGCCCGGCCCCACACCACGACCCGGUCCCGCGCCCUCCCAGCACUUGGGAAUAUAAUUAUGAUUCCGAGGUGAGUAUUUUGGGAACAGACGAACGCUACAACAAUUUCUGGCACCGCCGCCCACUAGAAUAUGUUGUGGAAUCGGCAUACCGGACUGAUGGAGAUUGGCAACCGUUAGCCGACUUGAUAAAGAAGCUACCUGCUUUGGCAGACCUUGUCUUUCAGCGCUUCGAUCAAGUUCCGCCCUGCCUUCUCCAGGCCUUACACAAAUAUAGGCCUAGCUGUAGACUACAUGUCAAUCCUUUUAGUCUAUACAGCUUAUCUGCCGAGCCCGCUAUUGCAGAUCCCCAUGAGUUGAUGCUCGCCACGUCACCGUGCCUCUACAGCAUCAGCAUCGGAGUAGGUACCGCCAACCCAGGAAUAUACCCCGAGACAUAUCAUCUUGCCGGUGCAGUCAUGCGAAUGGUAUCAGGGCUAGCCCCCAACUUGAUGAAGGUGUACCUAUAUCGUGAACCAGGCGAUGACCAGCAAAUUGACGAACAAGCCCUAUUAUCCUCGUUUCGCCCACAUUGGGUAGACUUGCCCAUAGCAAAAAUGCCCUUACAGAAGAAUGGGUCAUUGUCUCACUUGGAUCUCUAUCAUUCUUGUUCCAUAUUGCCACGUUUCCUCCGCGGUUGGAGCAAGCAUACCGAUUUCACCCGUCUGCAAUCACUCAGGCUGGGAGGUUGGAUUAAGCCAGACACAGUCAAUGACCUCGCAAAUAAUUAUGAGUUUCCAUGUCUGACAACACUGGAUCUCAGUUUGUCUCGUAUGUCUGACCCGAGAUACUAUGAGCUUGUCACCCAGUUUGUUCAUCGCCAAUCAGGACUUCGCGUUUUGGAAAUGGAUUGGGUAUAUUGCAUUUCCCUGAAUAGGGUGCUUGGUCGCAAUCUACGAGCUCUGACAUUGAGGCCUUUUUGGCCCCGAAAGGUGUGUUUGACAGUAAACGAUAUCGACCAGAUCCGACAAAGGUGCCCCUUCAUCGAGAACUUGAGUUUGGCAAUGCAUCGUUCUGAGGGAAACACAAAAGAAGUAGCUCUAUACAGGGCGCUAGGCACGAUCCCCAAGCUACAGCAUUUAUGCCUCAACUUCGUCCAGCCAUCACUUCCAACAAACGAUUUCCCCAGUUCGCGGUAUUGUCUGCGCAAGGGCCUUAUCAACUGCGCCGUGGAUGAGCGUCUUGCCUUGGAAAUUUUCGAGACCAUAUCGGAAAUGAAGAAAGGAGACGACUGCAUUCCACUACAGACGCUGAAAUUGCAACAAUCCUGCAAUCCCAACAUCAAGCACUCCUGGCCCAUGGGGAACAGUGUCGCAAGUAUGUCAAAACGGGCAUGUCUUUAUAGUCUUGCUCGAACUUGGCAGGUCGAACGCAGCGUGAGAGACGACAUGCCUCCGAUUGCACGGGUGCCUGACUUGGAGAAAUACCAGUCUAUAGUUGACUUGAAUGUACGGAAUGCGGGAUCUGGCUUCCAUAGGUCUCACGUGAUGGAAGCUUUCCGGUAUAUCUGGCCAGAAGGCGAUCGUUUCAGCUGGCAAUACAACUGGCAUAGCUUUCCACUCUUGAGAUAAGGUCCAGAUCCGCGAGCGUUUCCGCGCCUUUUCACGGUCACUACGGGGAAUAAGACGAGCAGCUAAAGAGGCACCGCAGCUUUUGGCCGGGGCCAUGGCAGGAAAAAGUCGGAUAGAUGUUUGCAAGAACGGGGGAAAGGGCAAGUUGGGGAGAAAGGCAAAGGGAAACUCGUCGACAAAUGUACAGACGGCCGAGAGGAUAUAUAGAACGAUUCAUAUGGCGUUAGCUAUGAGGAAUAAACAUCUAGGGAGCUUACUAGGUAGCAAAAAUGAUAAAGAUGCAGUGAUUAUCUCACA